CGGACUCUUGGGAUUCCUUGAAGGGACAAAUAGACAUGUCCAACCCGCACCGGGCACUCCAGAUUCCCGACGUGCUCGAGAUUAUCAUCGACCAUCUGAACACCUCUGACAUCGCACGACUGUGCAGGACAUGCUCCGUCUUCAACGGACCAGCGACGGAGCGAUUAUGGAGGCACGGGACAACAGCAUCAUUCAAGGCGUUGACGGGCAUGUGGAUAACUGACUAUGAGAAUUCGGAUCUCCCGGGCCGACUCACACUUGCGAGGAACUGGCGUCGAUUUCAAAUGUAUUCGGAGCACGUACGAACGCUCGAUCUGAUGAAUACCACACUCCCAAAACGGGAAGACGGCGAACGAGACGAAUGCGAGGUCGGCGACCUCUUAGCUGCUCUCGCCGUCUUCGGGCGCCAGGCACCGCUCCUCCCCCAUCUGCGACACUUAUCCUUUCAUGCGAAGGAACCGCACGACCUUGCAGGAGUGUUGCUGUUCCUCGGACCGGAACUCGACCACAUCGAGCUUAUUGCUAACCCCCCAGAUGAGGAGAACACAGAGAAAGACUGGGCAAUCCCCAUCGGCUGCUUGCUGGAGCUGGCACCCAUCCGGGCACCACGCCUUACGGAGCUCGGGCUGGGGUUCAAGAUAUCGUCUCGACAUCUGGAUGCGCUAGCAGACACCCUCGAGAAGAUGCAACUUACGGCUUUGGGUGCGGAGACACUCGUGCUGGAUCGAAACGUCUUCUGUCACCUGGCUGCGUCAAAAACCCUCAAGGCACUCCAAAUAGGAGCGAUCACGUUCGACAAGCUUGGGACCGAACCUGUGCAUGACGAUCCGGAUCUGACAAUCGACUUCAGCUGUGUAACGCCUUGGUCGUUCCCGGCGCUUAAGACGCUGCAGAUCCACGAGUCCGUUUGGGUCAUUCAGGGGCUGUUGGACGUACUCCGCACAGAGCUAGACGAGCUCUGUUUGAGAUUCUACCCCGAGGAGCUGUUCACCGACCGCCAGCUGUCGCAAAUUUGUGGCACUAUAAGAGAUCACCACCGAGGCUUGCUCAAGCUCGAACUGUGUUUCCGUGAUCGGGAUCCUAGAGCACCAUUACACUGGUCGACGUUUUCCCCGCUCCUCAGUUGUCGAAAUAUGAUCCAUUUCACGUUCAACUACUUCUCCCCGUCUACGCUUAUCCUAGCGGACCAGGAUAUGCUCGAGCUAUCCGUCGCUUGGCCGAAUCUACGCAAGCUCGAGAUCGACUGGUUACGAAGACACGGCUCCGCCUUCGGCCUAGCACGAGAAGAAGACUUCACCCUGAACGCGCUGGCGUACCUCGCGGCCAACUGUCGUAGUUUGCGACUCCUCGUCCUAGAAAGCUUCGACUGCACGAGCGUGCCACCUCCACCCCCGUCCCUCUCUCCCUGCACACACCCUUUUGAGCUCCGCGUAGGCCGAACAACAAACAACUUCGACAGCGUUAAAGUGCUCGCCGCAUGGCUCGUCUCCAUCUGGCCGAAAAUUGUUGUCGUACCCCUUGAUAGGUGGAGUGACGAGCAGCAGCACUUCUGGGGCACGGUAAGUGAGAUGGCGGAGGUGGUAAGGGUCAUGAGAGUUAUUAGGGCGGAGAAGGAGCGAGAAGGUAGUGGGGAUGGGAAGAAUGCCAGCAGCGCGGUGCUCAAACGACAGGAGGGGUGGUACGAUACAUAUGCGAUCGAGGCAAUGCGUUCAUAGACUAGCAUAGGGUGUUGUAGCGAUUCGAUGUGUGUGAGGGAGUGUAUUCUAGCGGUACCUGUACUUAUACGAAAUAGUUCCA